UUCCAUUGUUGUUCCAACAGCGAAAGGGAUUUAAUUAAAAUUUGUAAUCGUUUCGCCAGUUAACCGACUAAACAAUACUGGUGCACGCAAACAGUAGGAUCAUGAACACGGAAGUGGAAAAUAAGAACGGCAGUGCCAACGGGGUGCCGAAUGAAUCAUCGAACAAAUCGCUCGGAAAGCGACACAAUACGAGGCUGUACAACGCAGUGAAGGAUAACGUAAGUUACGGUAGCUACGAGAUGGUGCAGGAAAUCGCCACUUAUCUGCUGGGCCGCACGACCAUCCGUCCACGGUGUGGAAUCAUUUGUGGCACUGGAUUGAGCUAUUUGGCCGAACAGCUGACUGAGGCGGACAGCUUCGACUACGAGACCAUUCCGCACUUCCCAGUUUCGACAGUUGACGGUCAUGUUGGGCGGCUCGUGUUCGGCUAUUUGUCCGGUGUUCCGGUGCUUUGCAUGCAAGGCCGUUUCCACUACUACGAGGGUUAUUCUUUAGCGAAGUGUUCGAUGCCGGUGCGUGUGAUGCGGCUCGUCGGCUGUACGCAUCUGAUUGCAACCAAUGCGGCCGGAGGGAUCAACUCAAGCUUUCGCAUUGGUGAUGUGAUGCUAAUUCGUGAUCACAUUAAUCUGAUGGGUUUUGCCGGUAACUCUCCGCUGCUUGGACCAAACGAUGAGCGGUUUGGACCGCGCUUUCUCGGCAUGGCGAAGGCGUACGACCCACAGUUGCUGCAGGUGGCCCGGGAUAUAGUUCGGUUGGAUUUGCACGGAUUGCAGGGAAUUUUACGCGAAGGCGUGUAUUGCUGCGUCGGAGGACCAAGCUUUGAAACCGUCGCAGAGGGACAACUCCUGAAACUGUACGGUGUGGAUGCGAUCGGAAUGUCGACGGUGCACGAAAUUAUCACGGCGCGCCACUGCGGCAUGACGUGUUUUGCGUUCAGUCUGAUUACCAACAUGUGCACCAUGAGCUACGACGAAGACGAGGAACACUGCCACGAGACGAUCAUCGGAGUUGGUCGACAACUAGAAAGCCGCGUUGGAGAACUGAUCCAACGCGUAGUGUCCUUCAUAGGCAGGACUACCUCUAGCGGGACGGAAUCAAACGAUCGGGUAAAGAGCGAGAAAUAA